UAUGCUACUUUCCAUUUCUGAAACGUCAUUGCCAGAUUUAAGUGGAACAACGUUGUCAGCACCGUACCAGCAGCCAUUGUGAAUGGUCCCAGGAAAACGAGAUAUUUUAGUGCUACUUCAUUGUUAGUACUACACCACCAACCUGUUUCCUGCAGAUUCAAACCUGCAGUCUAGCACUUUAGCCUAGCUUGCUCUAGACAGAGCCAUGGCCUCCAAACAGGCUGUGCAUAUGAAGCAUGGGCAAGGCGAAACAAGCUAUGCUCGCAACUCCAGUUUUCAGAAGGCUGAGCAGAACAGGAUGAAGCCCCUGAUAGAAGAGGUCAUCACCGACUUAUGCAGCAGCACCAGUACCUUGUUGCAUGGAAAGAUAGUGAUCGCGGACUUGGGAUGCUCCUCUGGUCCAAAUGCUCUUGCACUGGUAUCGACUGCCAUCAAUGCCAUCCACAACCAUUGUCUUCAGUUACAACAGCCACCACCGGAAAUAUUUGUGCUACUCAAUGACCUUCCUGACACCGACUUCAACACGGUGGUGAAGAGCUUGGUCACACUCCGUCAAAGCAAGAACCCUGUUGUUGUGACUGGUGUCGCACCGGGAUCGUUUUACGAGCGGCUCUUCACUAGUAACUCCCUGCAUGUUGUUUGCGCGUCGAACAGCUUGCAAUGGCUAUCAAAGGCUCCCGAAGAUCUAACAAGGAACCGCAUCCCAGCGUUCGACAUUGAUGAGCAUGCUAGGCGUGAAAUGCUCCCAAUGGUCCGUGAGGCUUAUGAACAACAAUUCAGGAAAGAUUUCAAGCUUUUCCUGGAGCUGAGAGCCAAAGAGUUGGUCUCAGGAGGCCGGAUGGUUAUUUCCCUGGUAGGGACGCGUUCUGAUGUAAUCGCCUCCAAAUUCUCUCUUUUCCCGGGAAUUGUAGCUCAGAUUCUAAGCGUAAUGGUCGCGGAGGGUGUGAUCGACAAAGCAAAAUUUGAUUCUUUCUAUGUGCCGCUCCAUGGACCUUCCAUUGAAGAGGUAAGGGAGAUCAUCAAAGAAGAGGGGUCCUUUUUGAUCAAGGAGAUGCGUGUCCAUGACCCUACAGCCGAAAUGAACAUUGCUCUGAGCAGCCCAAGCAAGUUUGUGAAUAAUCUGAUAGCCUUAUUUGAGCCGAUAAUAGUCCAGCAUUUUGGAGAGGUUAUGGAUGAGUUUGUGAGGGCGGCAGAGCUGCAUUGGAGCCUGGAUGUGGAUGGGAGCUUGCGAGAGGAGCGGGUCAGAACCUCUCGAGCUAUGCUGGUUGUAUCCCUCACGAAGGCAUGAAGAUGAGGCAUCGGUGCCUGAAGAUAUAUGCACCACAUUUAAUGAGAUCGUACUUAAUUGUGUGGAAUGGACAUAUAAAUAAGCAAAAUAGUGUUGUUGUCUAUGUAACAUUGUGUGAUUGAUGUAUGGUGUGGGCAAAUUCAUACUGACAUUUGUGUCAUGUAUCUGUUUUAGGAAGAUCUGCAUUUUUUUUUUGCGAGGGAAAAUUUUUAGGAAAGAAAGAAAGAUCUGCAUUGAGAGUAAAGGAGCCCUAAAGGGGAAUAAAUGUUGAACCCACCGCCAA